AUGGAUACCUCAAUUACGUGUUACAUGUUGCAACACAAUUGCGACAUGAUGGAAUUUGUGAAUUCUAUAACAGCGGCAAAGUGUUAUCCUUUUUAUACAUUUAUAGGUUUGUUACAGUCCCCUGCGAAAGUAAUUGGUGUUUCUUUUCUGGGCGUAGCAUUAGAAUUUGCCCGAUUUGGAACAUUGUUUAUACCAAAUUGGGCUACAGUCGGAAGAACACUAUUGCUAGAGGCGGUGGGUGGAUCUGCAAAUCUAUGCAAUUUAAAAGAUGUUCCGCGACGCGUUCUUACAACUGGCCUGGAUCUUAAUCCUAUCGAAAAUGUCUGGGCUGGAGGUCUUGAGAAAAAGAUGCUGAAGAAGGAAGGAGAUCAUAUCAAGUCACAUACUCCGGAUUCAAUUAGUCCACUAACCGCAGCCAACAUGAGUGACUAG